ACGCCCGCAACAGCAACCAAUGUCAUAUCAUCACUACCCACCUCAGGGCGGCUACCCAACCCAAGGUUACCCUCCGCCGCACCAAUAUGGCGCUCCGCCCCAAGGCUAUCAUCAUGCGCCCCAGUAUGGCGGCCCGCAGCAAGGCUAUCCACCGCCGCAACAGCAGCAUGCGCCUCCACCUGGACAUUAUCCGCCUGCACAUGGACAGCAUCCGCCGCCACUGCAGGGCUACGCUGCUCCGCCGCCUCCACAGUACGGUGUGCAGUACGGCGCCCCCAUUCCACCUUCGCCCCCAUCUUUAGGUUAUGCCAUGGGCCAGUUGCCGUAUGUUGACACGACAGCGGAGGCCGAAGGAUUGCGCAAGGCAAUGAAAGGAUUUGGCACAGACGAAAAAGCUGUCAUCCGCUUCUUGUCUAAACUAGACCCUGUUCAAAUCGCUUCGGUCCGUCAGUCGUACAAUCAACGGUUUAUGCGAGACCUCAUCCGUGACCUCGAAAAAGAGACCAGUGGGGACUUCAGGAAUGCGCUCACUGCCCUAGCCUGCGGACCUCUUCAGCAUGAUUGCCGCGUCCUUUAUGCUGCCAUGAAGGGCGCAGGCACUAAAGAGUCGGACUUGAACGACGUCCUAUGCUCCCGUUCUAACGCCGACAUCCAUGCCAUCAGGACUGAAUAUCAAAACAUGUUUGGGCGCGACCUGGAGGCAGAUUUGAAAGCAGAUCUUUCUGUCGGCACCGAAACACUCUUUCUCAUGCUUAUCUCCGGUCGCCGGCACGAAGAUUCAGCGCCAAUAAUCCCGCAGCAGAUCGAACAAGCCACGACAGAACUACAAAAUGCGCUUGGUACCGGUCCUAUUGGAAUGAACAAAAAUGCAGUUCAUGUGUGCCAGGUUAUAACGUCGCACUCGGACGCAGAGCUCCGUGCCAUUGCCCAAACCUUUCAACAACGCUACCAUACGCCACUGCUGAAGGCGAUUGAUUCGCGAAUGUCGGGGCACAUGAAAGAAGCCCUGCAUCUCAUGCUUGCGAGGGCACUUGACCGGCCGAGAAGCGACGCCGAGAUGCUGGAAGAUGCAAUGAAAGGGUUUGGGACGCACGAUCGGCAUCUCAUUGACAGAGUGGUGAGGGCACACUGGGACAGGCGGUACAUGGGCGCGGUGAAACAGGCAUACUCAAGCUUGUAUGGCAAGGAGCUAAGGAGGAGGAUAGAAGGAGAAACUCGGGGAGACUACGAACGGCUAUUGGUUGCGAUGGUUGAAUAGGGAUAAGUUGGUAGUUAUUAGGUUGAUAAUUGAUACCCCCAGUCGCGACAGCAUGCGGCCCCUGCCAC